AUGAAGAGACUGGCAGAAAAGGAUCCAGAUCUUCGCAACAUUGCGCCCCUUGUGGGUACCACCCCCUCGUAUCUAUCUGCGAAACAAGUCGAAAGCAUGCAAUCGUUUGUUAAGAAGCAUCCUGAGGAUAGAAUUGACAUUCUCGCUGUGAUAACGUUCAUUGGGUUCUCGACUUUUAUGCUGGUUAUGCCUGUGGCUUUGAUCGGGGCAGUAUUCGUGGAAUAA